CCCACUGCGCAGGCGUAAACCACGUACCCAGCUUUCUCGCAGCAUCGCGCUGUUUUGGCCCUAUGCUAGCUGGUGCCUGAUCAGUGGUGUUUGUCAAGUCAUACAUACUGGGCUUAACUGGGGAGGCAUAGCCGUGGAGAAAAAGGGGGACCCUAGACGCGCCACGACGAAAUGGCCGGGCAACAAUUUCAGUACGAUGACAGCGGCAACACAUUUUUCUACUUCCUAACGUCCUUCGUUGGACUCAUCGUCAUCCCAGCCACAUAUUACCUCUGGCCCCGAGAUCAGAAUGCUGGUAAGGCCCCGAUGUAUACGACGAGUUAGCAUCACCUGGCGAGCAUGCUAAAGUUGGUUAGUUAGCUAAGUAUACUACUAUGCUGUGUGUGAUGGGUGAAGUUAGCUAGCUAGCCUGCUAACUAACUAACAAAUUUGAUUAGCCAGUUCCGAGACUGACCACCACUAGCUAGAGAGUUUCCCUUGCCAGCCAACUCUGUUGCUAGCUAACUACAUUUGCAUGUAGUAGUUAGGUAACUACCUAACGUUAACUAGCUGGCUGGCUGAAAUACAGCAGAACAACAAGUAGUUAACUAACGUUAGUUAGCGUUUACGUGCACCGACUCUGCGUUGCUAGGGGUGCAAUGAAGCGACAUGCCCAAUUCUCUGCGUUCGUGUUUAUAUAACUAACAGCUAGCUAACAAGCUAGCUAAACCAAUAUGACUGCCUAACUUAUUUUUUUUUUUUUAAAUUUAGUUGGAUACCAUACAAGUCUGAUAAUAUCAGUGCCAGGAACACCUAGCUAGCAUCUCUCGUUCAGUUUAAUGUUUGGUUGGUGACCUACUAGCCAGCUAGCUGCGUCAGUUAGCUAUCUAACGAGUGUCCGUCUAGCAAGCUAACAUUAGCUAGCUAGAUAACGGUUACUUUUACGUGGUCUUGUAAAAUACGACGUACGUUACAUAUGCUGCUAGUGACGUUAGCCAACUUUAGGGGGUGGGUGGUAGUAGCUAGCUACCUAACUUGUAUUUAGUCACUUGGUUGAUAACUAGAAGUAAAUCCUUUUGAAGGUUUUUGAUAUGGCCGUGAGGUUGAAUUCAUACAGGGGGGGGGUAAAGAAACAUGUUUACCCUAGUAGUAUAGCUAUAUAAUAGCUCUCUGUUAUGCUAACGUUACCCAGGAAGUAUCGGAUUAAACUCCACCGUGAAGGAAGUUUCUGAUGAAUUUCACCAACGGUGUGGAGCCGAGACCAGACUUUGUGGAAUCUCUGACUACAUCGAUUCGCCAAAGGUCAAUACUUAAAAAAAAAAAAAAGAUAUGUAUAUAUUAAACGCCCACCUUGGACCUAUGUUUGUUCUCUGUAGUUGCUUGCCUUUCUUUGUUAGCUGAUAUCCAUACUUUUUCAAUGAACGGUAAUCAAUUACCACCACCAACUGUUUCCUUGUUGAGAUUCAAUUGGCAAUGCACAUUUGCGCUGAGUUGCCAUCUUAGCAAUGAGCAAACAGUCUGUGUUGGUAUUUGAUUAACAUUAACAAAGAAUGGCAUGCAACUGCAGGGGACAAACAUAAGUACAAGGUGGGUGUUUCAUAGUAAACAUUUUAAGUAUUGACCUUGGGCGAUGUAAUCGGAGCUAGGCUCAGCAAAGCCUGGUCUCGGCUCCAUGCGGUUGGUGAAGUUCAUUAUGAACUUCCUUCACCAAGGAGUUUAGUCUGCUACCCAGGAAGCAGUUUAGCCCCCCUGUAUCCAUUUGACAACAUGGAAGUCAUAUCAGUUUAUAUUAGUUAAUCGAUGGCUACACCUAAUGUCAGAAUUGAAAAUACCAGUGGAACGUACAGACUGAGACUCCAUGUACACCUAGCUAGAUGACCUGUAUGUUUGUGCAAAGAAGACAUCCCCAUAUUGUUAAAGUCUACUACUAGCAGCGAGCUGGGUAGACCCAAGCCCUGCCAGGCCCACCCAAUCAGAUUGAGCAAAAGCAAAAACAAAUAAUGUAUUAUUAUUAUUACAAAGGAUGUUGGCCCAUCCAAAUCUCUGCAGGCCCACCCACUAACAAAUGUAUGUCUGCACCCCAGCAAGGCAGCCAAAAUAGUCCAGUAGAUAAGCUCCCAAAAGAAACCAAAUUGUUGGAUUUGGUAUAGAAGCGUGUAGGGCUGACCCCAUUUAGUCGACUGGUCGACAGGCUGUUGGUCGAUCGAGAUUUCUUUAGUGUAAAAAACAACAACAUGGUGUACAAGACACCUGUCUGAUUGGCUCCUGUCUGAGUGGACUGAUCCAUUGUGGAGGCCGUGGGGAUGAUAAUAAUAAUAAUAUGCCAUUUAGCAGACGCUUCUAUCCAAAACGACUUACAGUCAUGCGUGCAUACAUAUUUGUGUAUGGGUGGUCCCGGGGAUCGAACCCACUACCUUGGCGUUACAAGCGCCGUGCUCUACAAAUUGAGCUACAGAGGACCACACAGUCAUUACUCUAAGACACUGUUGAGUUGGUGACUUUUCCUAGACCAUGUUGCUACAGUUGAAGUCGGAAGUUUACAUACACCUUAGCCAAAUACAUUUAAACUUAGUUUUUCCACAAUUCCUGACAUUUAAUCUUAGUAAAAAUUCCCUGUCUUAGGUCAGUUAGAUCACAACUUUAUUUUAAGAAUGUGAAAUGUCAGAAUAAUAGUAGAGAGAAUGAUUUAUUUCAGCUUUUAUUUCUUUCAUCACAUUCCCAGUGGGUCAGCAGUUUACAUACACUCAAUUAGUAUUUGGUAGCAUUGCCUUUAAAUUGUUUAACUUCGGUCAGAUGUUUCAGGUAGCCUUCCACAAGCUUCCCACAAUUAGUUGGGUGAAUUUUGGCCCAUUCCUCCUGACAGAGCUGGUGUAACUGAGUCAGGUUUGUAGGCCUCCUUGCUCGCACACACUUUUUCAGUUCUGCCCCCUUACAUUUUCUAUAGGAUUGAGGUCAGGGCUUUGUGAUGGCCACUCCAAUACCUUUACUUUGUUGUCCUUAAGCCUUUUUGCCACAACUUUGGAAGUAUGCUUGCGGUCCUUGUCCAUUUGGAAGACCCAUUUGCGACCAAGCAAAUGGUCAUUAUGGCCAAACAGUUCUAUUGUUGUUUCAUCAGACCAGAGGACAUUUCUCCAAAAAGUACGAUCUUUGUCCCCAUAUGCAGUUGCAAACCGUAGUCUGGCUUUUUUAUGGCGGUUUUGGAGCAGUGGCUUCUUCCUUGCUGAGCGGCCUUUCAGGUUAUGUCGAUAUAGGACUUGUUUUACUGUGGAUAUAGAUACCUUUGUACCUGUUUCCUCCAGCAUCUUCACAAGGUCCUUUGCUGUUGUUCUGGGAUUGAUUUGCACUUUUUGCACCAAAUUAUGUUCAUCUCUAGGAGACAGAACGCAUCUCCUUCCUGAGCGGUAUGACGGCUGCGUGGUCCCAUGGUGUUUAUACUUGCGUACUAUUGUUUGUACAGAUGAACGUGGUACCUUCAGGCGUUUGGAAAUUGCUCCCAAGGAUGAACCAGACUUGUGGAGGUCUACACAUUUUUUUCUGAGGUCUUGGCUGAUUUAUUUUGAUUUUCCCAGGAUGUCAAGCAAAGAGGCACUGAGUUUGAAGGUAGGCCUUGAAAUACAUCCACAGGUACACCUCCAAUUGACACAAAUGAUGUCAAUUAGCCUAUCAGAAGCUUCUGAAGCCAUGAAGUCAUUUUCUGGAAUUUUCCAAGCUGUUUAAAGGCACAGUCAACUUAGUGAAUGUAAACUUCUGACCCACUGGAAUUGUGAUACAGUGAAAUAAUCUGUCUGUAAACAAUUGUUGGGAAAAUUACUUUUGUCACGCACAAAGGAGAUGUCCUAACCGACUUGCCAAAACUAUAGUUUGUUUGACUCCAACCUAAGUGUAUGUAAACUUCCGACUUCAACUGUAUAUAGGCUUGCCAUAACAAAGGGGUUGAUUCAGGGUUACCCAAACUCUGUGAACGUUUUGUUUUUUGCCCUAGCACUACACAGCUGAUUUCAAAUAAUCUAACCUAAGUGUAUGUAAACUUCCGACUUCAAUUGUAUAUGUGCAAUUUAUUGUCUGUAAUGAUUUAAUAGAACAAUGUUGUUUAAAUGCUGAGCCCUUUAUGUCCCUACCAGUCUAGUGUGUAGCACUCGCUAAUGUUUCACAAUGUAUUUCUUUGUAGCCUUGAAAUAAUAUAGCAUAAAUAAUAAUAAAUCAAUAAAAUACACUAUCAGUCAAAAGUUUGGACACACCUACUCAUUCAAGUGUUUUUCUUUAUUUUUACAAUUAUUUUACAUUGUAGAAUAAUAGUGAAGACAUCAAAACUAUGAAAUAACACAUAUGGAAUCAUGUAGGAACCAAAAAAGUGUGAAUCAAAUCAAAAUCAUUUGCCUUGAUGACAGCUUUACACACUCUUGGCAUUCUCUCAACCAGCUUCAUGAGGUAGUCACCUGGAAUGCAUUUCAAUUAACAGGUGUGCCUUCUUAAAAGUUAAUUUGUGGAAUUUAUUUCCUUCUUAAUGCGUUUGAGCCAAUCAGUUGUGUUGUGACAAGGUAGGGGUGUUAUACAGAAGAUAGCCCUAUUUGGUAAAAGACCAAGUCCAUAUUAUGGCAAGAACAUCUCAAAUAAGCAAAGAGAAACGACAGUCCAUCAUUACUUCAAGACAUGAAGGUCAGUCAAUACGAAACAUUUCAAGAACUUUGAAUGUUCUUUGAAAGCGCUAUGAUGACACUGGGGUUGUCAGCUUUCUCUCUCUGGGGUUGUCAGCUUUCUCUCUCUGGGGUUGUAUUUUACUCUAAACACGUCCACAUGUCUGUGACGCCCUGUCUAACGUGUGUCUGUGUGUCUGUGACGCCCUGUCUAACGUCUGUGUGUGUCUGUGACUUCCUGUCUAACGUCUGUGUGUGUCUGUGACGCCCUGUCUAACGUCUGUGUGUGUCUGUGACUUCCUGUCUAACGUCUGUGUGUGUGUGUGACGCCCUGUCUAACGUGUGUCUGUGUGUCUGUGACGCCCUGUCUAACGUGUGUCUGUGUGUCUGUGACGCCCUGUCUAACGUCUGUGUGUGUCUGUGACGCCCUGUCUAACGUCUGUGUGUGUCUGUGACGCCCUGUCUAACGUCUGUGUGUGUCUGUGACUUCCUGUCUAACGUCUGUGUGUGUGUGUGACGCCCUGUCUAACGUGUGUCUGUGUGUCUGUGACGCCCUGUCUAACGUCUGUGUGUGUCUGUGACUUCCUGUCUAACGUCUGUGUGUGUGUGUGACUUCCUGUCUAACGUCUGUGUGUGUCUGUGACGCCCUGUCUAACAUCUGUGUGUGACGCCCUGUCUAACGUCUGUGUGUGUCUGUGACGCCCUGUCUAACGUCUGUGUGUGACGCCCUGUCUAACGUCUGUGUGUGUGGCGCCCUGUCUAACGUCUGUGUGUCUGUCUGUGACGCCCUGUCUAACGUCUGUGUGUGUCUGUGACGCCCUGUCUAACGUCUGUGUGUGACGCCCUGUCUAACGUCUGUGUGUGUGGCGCCCUGUCUAACGUCUGUGUGUCUGUCUGUGACGCCCUGUCUAACGUCUGUGUGUCUGUCUGUGACUUCCUGUCUAACGUCUGUGUGUGUCUGUGACUUCCUGUCUAACGUCUGUGUGUGUGUGUGAUGCCCUGUCUAACGUCUGUGUGUGUGUGUGUGUCUGUGACCCCCUGUCUAACGUCUGUGUCUGUGUGUCUGUGACGCCCUGUCUAACGUCUGUGUGUGUCUUUAACGCCCUGUCUAACGUCUGUGUGUGUCUGUGACGCCCUGUCUAACGUCUGUGUGUGUCUGUGACGCCCUGUCUAACGUCUGUGUGUGUCUGUGAUGCCCUGUCUAACGUCUGUGUGUGUGUGUGUGUCUGUGACCCCCUGUCUAACGUCUGUGUCUGUGUGUCUGUGACGCCCUGUCUAACGUCUGUGUGUGUCUUUAACGCCCUGUCUAACGUCUGUGUGUGUCUGUGACGCCCUGUCUAACGUCUGUGUGUGUCUGUGACGCCCUGUCUAACGUCUGUGUGUGUCUGUGAUGCCCUGUCUAACGUCUGUGUGUGUCUGUGACGCCCUGUCUAACGUCUGUGUGUGUGUGUGAUGCCCUGUCUAACGUCUGUGUGUGUGUGUGUGUCUGUGACCCCCUGUCUAACGUCUGUGUCUGUGUGUCUGUGACGCCCUGUCUAACGUCUGUGUGUGUCUUUAACGCCCUGUCUAACGUCUGUGUGUGUCUGUGACGCCCUGUCUAACGUCUGUGUGUGUCUGUGACGCCCUGUCUAACGUCUGUGUGUGUCUGUGACGCCCUGUCUAACGUCUGUGUGUGUCUGUGUCUGUGACGCCCUGUCUAACGUCUGUCUGUGACUUCCUGUCUAACGUCUGUGUGUGUCUGUGACGCCCUGUCUAACGUCUGUGUGUCUGUGACGCCCUGUCUAACGUCUGUGUGUGUCUGUGACGCCCUGUCUAACGUCUGUGUGUGUCUGUGACGCCCUGUCUAACGUCUGUGUGUGUCUGUGACGCCCUGUCUAACGUCUGUGUGUGUCUGUGACGCCCUGUCUAACGUCUGUGUGUGUCUGUGUCUGUGACGCCCUGUCUAACGUCUGUGUGUGUGUCUGUGACUUCCUGUCUAACGUCUGUGUCUGUGUGUCUGUGACGCCCUGUCUAACGUCUGUGUGUGUCUUUAACGCCCUGUCUAACGUCUGUGUGUGUCUGUGACGCCCUGUCUAACGUCUGUGUGUGUCUGUGACGCCCUGUCUAACGUCUGUGUGUGUCUGUGACGCCCUGUCUAACGUCUGUGUGUGUCUGUGUCUGUGACGCCCUGUCUAACGUCUGUCUGUGACGCCCUGUCUAACGUCUGUGUGUGUCUGUGACUUCCUGUCUAACGUCUGUGUGUGUCUGUGACGCCCUGUCUAACGUCUGUGUGUGUCUGUGACGCCCUGUCUAACGUCUGUGUGUCUGUGACGCCCUGUCUAACGUCUGUGUGUGUCUGUGACGCCCUGUCUAACGUCUGUGUGUGUGUGUGUCUGUGACGCCCUGUCUAACGUCUGUGUGUGUCUGUGACGCCCUGUCUAACGUCUGUGUGUGUCUGUGACGCCCUGUCUAACGUCUGUGUGUGUCUGUGACGCCCUGUCUAACGUCUGUGUGUGUCUGUGACGCCCUGUCUAACGUCUGUGUGUGUCUGUGACGCCCUGUCUAACGUCUGUGUGUGUCUGUGACGCCCUGUCUAACGUCUGUGUGUGUCUGUGACUUCCUGUCUAACGUCUGUGUGUGUCUGUGACGCCCUGUCUAACGUCUGUGUGUGUCUGUGACCCCCUGUCUAACGUCUGUGUGUGUCUGUGACGCCCUGUCUAACGUCUGUGUGUGUCUGUGACCCCCAGAGCAGCUGCGUCUGAAGAGCCUGCGGAGGGUCCACGGACGGUGUCUGUGGUACCGGCUCCGCUUGACGAAGUCACAGCAGAGCAUCAUACCCACACUAAAGUGAGUCACUUCCAUUAAUAACCAGAAACUUUUUUUUUUUUUUCUGUCUGUUUAACAAAGU